GGGGCAGAGCCAGCGCUGAGCAGCGGCUCCUGUCGGGCGCAGACGACCGGCCGGACUGGGCCGAGCGGCGUCUCCCUCCGCACCAUGUGCAGCGCGAUGGUGGUGCCGACGCUGGGAAGGGAGCUCUUCAGGAAAAACGAAGUUGAGCUGUCGAACGCCGUCGUCACUUCCAGCGUGACGUCCGGGCUGUACCCAGUCAAGGUGGAGGACCCCAACGACUUCUUCGACCUGUGCUCCCUCAACAAUGGCAUAGAAAGCGACAUGGACGUGGGCUCCGACCUCGGCCAGUGGAUCAACUCCCUGGUGAACAAGAACACGCCGGCGGGCGGCGACACCAUGCCGUGGGAGCGCGAGGCCAGCGCGCCCGUCACCUCGCGCGAGGUCAAGGAGUGGCUCUACGAGAACAAGGAAAAGACGUGCGAUCCGCUGUGGGGCAGUGACACGCAGCAGGUGAAGCAGGUAACAACCACGGACGCCGGCUGCCGCUCUCCCGACAGCUUCAGCAGCCCCGACACGCUGCUGUUCACGUCCAUGAUCGCCGACGAGGCCAUCAAGCCGGUGAACCCGUCGGACGUCAUCAGCUCGUCGGACGACCUCAUCACGCUGCAGCCGCUGCAGCCGCUGCAGCCGAUGAACCCCGUACACACACUCAACGGCUUCCACUCGGAUGUCAUGAUCGACGACAUGAGCGACCCAAAGCAGGUCAGCGAGGUGGACCUGGACAAGAUGGUGCAGGACUAUCUGUAUAAUGAGGAGCCAGCGCCGCAGACCAAGCUGGACGAGAUGCCGGCUACGACGAUCAUCGGCGCUGGCGGCACGCCCAUCCGGAUAUGCGGCCUGCCGCCUUCCUCCAUCGGCUUCUUCCCGACGUCGGCCGCGCAGCCGGGCGCCUACAAGCUGGGUAGCGCGCCGAUGACGCCCAGCCCGCCGGCCGAGAAGCCGGUCGACAAGGCCGGACUCGAGGACAAGUGGGCCGCCAGCCGCGCCGACAACCCCUCCAUCCUGGAGAACGUGCUGCGCGGUACCAUGCCGCCCAGCUCGCGCGCCGGCCUGACCGCAAGUCAGCAGAAGCGGGUGAACGGUGACCUGAAGGAGAUCCAGCUGUCGUUUCCGGUCGGCGGCUUCCAGACGUUCUCGCGCAACAUGGUCGCCGGCAGCGGCGGCAGCAACGCCGUGACCUCGUCGCCGUACACGUGCGAGACCAACCAGGCGACGAGCACGUGCAGUCCCAACAAGCCGGACAAGGUGCUGUCCUCGGCCGACACUUCCCAUGAUCUCUACGUGAACACCAUCGACAUCGGCAUGUCCAACGCCCAGACGGUGAUGGGCCAGAAGAAGGAUCAGCCGCGGAAGCGCAAGUACUCCAAGCGCGCCGCGGUCGACGGCGAAGCCCCGCCGUCCCGCGGGCGCUUGCUCCACUUCUGCCACAUUUGCAAUAAGGGCUUCAAGGACAAGUACUCAGUCACCGUCCACAUCCGCACGCACACCGGAGAGAAGCCGUUUCAGUGCGACCUGUGCAACAAGUGCUUCCGGCAGAAAGCGCACUUAGCAAAGCACAUACAGAUACACAACACCCCGAAACCGCCGCCUGCCAAACGGUAAACAGGCGGACAUGACAUGACAUUGACUGUUACCAUGGUGACGAGUUACCGUAGACUGUAGUGCUACCGUAGUGCGGCCUGCUCAGGAACUUUGCUGCCCUAGAACUGUGAUUUUGUUAUCUUCCUGGAGAAAGAAGCAUCUCCAUGUAAUCGUUCUUUUGUUCUUGUUAUGGAUGCGUAUGGUUGUGUUGGUGUUCAUAUUCUUCCGACGUGUUUGGCAAGGCUCUUUUGUAUUAUGGUCUGAACGGAGCUUUAUCGAAUGUCCCUGUCGGCCGGUCACGGAAAUGGAGUUAUCGAGCAGUGCUUGGGAGCUGCUCUGGCUCAGGCCUUAUGGCAGACCAGUAAAGGCUUAAUUUCAUUGAGCAAAACGCCAAACGACGCGUCUCCUCUCUCCGCCUUAUCCUCGAGAGCAAAGAUGUUCAGAGUGUGGCCACCGCAAGCGCGCAUUAGUAUGCUUGAAUGAAAACGCACCGGAUGGCCGCAACAAAGCAGGCUGCAGCGACAACCGACCGGCACAGCGUUAAGUACAAAGCCGAGACUGCGGCGAAUUCGCCUUAUUUAUUUGGCCUGCGGCGGUGUGGCCAUCUGUUGUUGCUUCUGCGGGCGUGACGCUGGCCCGUGUUAGGAGGGGG